CCACCACCAACACCACCACCACCACCACCCUCCACCGUCGCCUACGGCGGCGCCACCGCCAGCGUCUCCCAACCUCAACUUGGAAACCAGCAGCCAAGUCCUGAGACAAACGAGCUCGAUCUUCUACUCUCAUCUCCUCACAUUCAUCCUCCUCUCCUUCCUCAUCCUCACCUUCCGCUCCAACGUCGAGAAUGGCACUCACCUCCUCACCUCCUUCAUCGACCGCGACCCCUCUCUCAAAACCCUCCUCUCCCGCCUCGACAUUUCCGGCACAAAAAUCCACUCCCCCUCUUCCUCCUCCUCCUCCGCCGCCGUGAACCUCCGCCGCCACCGCCACCGCCACCGCCGCCCCUUUCUCCACCUCACCCGCGUCGGAACCCUCGACGACGACUUCUUCUCCGGCGACGAAGACAACGACCGCUACCUCUUCGGUUCCCUCCCCAAGUCCCCUCCCAAUGGCAGUUUCGUAGUUCUUAGCAACUUCGAAUCCAGGUUAGGGUUUUCGAAUUUCGUUACUGAUAAUGGAAUUAGGGUUCCUGACAUUGUUCGCUCGGGGGUUUCUUUCAAACUCCCCGAGAGUUCAUUGCAAUCUACUGUAGAAUCUAUAGAAGAUGACAAUGAUGAGUUGAAGAAAGUGAAAAAUUCACUGAAACAAGGUGAUGAUGAGACCGAUAGGUUUGUUGUUUUUCAGUACUUGAUCAAGAGCUUGGAACUCCGGAAGCGAGACGCCUCUGCCUUGUUCUUUCUUGUAUGUUUCUUGUCUGUAGCAUAUGGGUAUGUAGUUCUAGGUUUUCUAGUUACCUAUUCUUGGGUUCUUGGAGUUGUGUUUGUUGUUGUUGUGAAUCAUUUAAUUUCGAGGCGUCGUUCGUGGACCGGGACUAUAUGGGACGGUUCGAAUUUGGGUUUGAAAAGGCUUUCUGGGUUGAUUCUUAUGAGAUGGGCGGUGAGAGAUGCGCUUACGCAGCUUCUCGGUCUCUGGUUUUUCGGCGAAAUGGAAGAUCAGUAUUCGUUUUUCAAGAUCUUUGUGAGGUUAAAGUUGAUGCCUUUCUCAAUUAUGUCUCCGUGGAUUCCCGGAUUUGAGAAGGAGACUGCAGGGUUCUUGUUUGCUUGGCUUUUGUUAGACAUGAUUGUGGAAUUUGUUUUUGCUGUCGAUUCUUGGGUUGCAAUUGUGGAUGCAAGGAGGGGUGGCAGAGAGAUUGUGAAGGAAGGGUGUUAUUUGUUAUCGACAAUGUUUAAGCCAGCUGUGGUUCUUAAAUGUAUGGAGUCAGUGCUUUGUGGAUCAUUUACGAGAUGGACUUUGGCUCGAUAUUUUGGGAAACUGUUUGCGACAGCUUUCCAAUCAACCAUGGAGGUUUAUUUCAUGGUGGCUUGGCUUAUAUUUUACUUUGCUGUGAGGUCUAAGGAUGCUACUUCUCUAGGAAGGACAUUUGGGCAGAGAGAGUUACAAGGUUUUAUCCAGCGCCGUAGAUGAUACUCAAUGGAAACUGAUUUGGAGUUUGCUUCGUAGCUUCAAUUAUGCCAAUGGAAUGGCGCUGGUAAUACUCUGGUGCUGAGUGUAUUCAUUGCAGUCAAUAUGGGAUUCAGCACUGCCGCUGUUUCCUGAUGUUACCAGCAGCAUACUUUGUGUACUUCAUCACGAGGCAAUAUAAAACUUGUGUAUACUUUCACAGCAAUCCCUCAUGUAUAUUUUGUUGCAGUCUUGGUUCCCAUGCUGUUCAUGCCCUGCAGUAUAUGUUUUUCUUGGUGAUCAUAAUGCAAGGGAAUAGUCAUAUUUUGUCUCAAAAGUGGUUUUCCUUAUGCUGAUAAUGGAAUAGGUUAUAUAGAAAACCAUUGACUCCGUUUCAUGUCAGAUUGAUGACAUAUAUUUUAUAAGAACCUAUGAGCAAAAUGCUUUUUGGUCAUUUUUAUUUUGUGUGGUUGUACUUUUGACAUUCCAUUAUUGUUAGUUUGGUCAUGUGUGGAAUAUAAGCCCUUCUAGGUGCAUUUUUCUCA